AUGGCCGCCUCACCGACAUCCAUCCCGCGAUUCCUUCUGCCCAGGCUGUCAUGGUCUCUUCGGGCCCCGACUCCGUUUCAUGCCGCCGCCCGCAUCCACGCCUCAACGCUACCGUCAGCCUCGAUGAAUUACACCACACGAGCACUCUCCAGAGCACAAAACUUUCCUUCCGCCGGCCGUAUCGCAUUCGGAAAAGCUGCAGUGCAGCCCAGGAGACACUUCUCGGCCACCACCCAACGCAACAGAGAUCACCACUUUGACACACUCAAGUUUGUGCAAAGGCUGAAAGAUGAGGGCUUCACCGAGGAGCAGGCCGUGGCCAUGAUGAAAGUCUUGAGCGAUGUCGUCGAAGAGAGUAUCCAGAACCUCACGCGGACAAUGGUACUUCGCGAAGACCAAGAAAAGGCCACAUACACACAGAAGGUCGACUUUGCCAAACUUCGCUCCGAACUGCUUUCAGCCGACUCUACCGAAUCAUCGCUCACGCGCGCCUCACACGAGCGUCUAACCAACGACCUGGCCAAACUCAACUCGAGGCUACGCGAUGAAGUCCAGCGUACACAAGCAUCCGUGAGACUGGACCUCAACCUGGAGAAAGGAAGGAUCAGAGAAGAGGCAAACUCGCAGGAUCUCAAGAUCAAGGAAACCGAGACCAGGAUUGAACAGGAAGCGGCAGCACUAAGAGAACGUCUGGAACAGGUCAAGUUCUCGACGCUGCAAUGGUUGAUGUACGUCUCAUCUCCGAACGGACCGACGGCAAAUGGAGGCUUUGCUAACAUGGGGAUUCUAGGNGGUGUAACGACGGGUACUGCCGCCAUUAUUCUUGGUGUGUGGCGCUUGCUCAUGUAG